GACACCGCUAUAUUUCUCUAUUAUUAAAAUACUUGAGAUUCGGGAAUCAGAAUAUAUUCGCGCACAUUUACGUAUCAGGAAUUUAUUUUGCACGAUGUGAAUGCAAUCGUUUUCUUUUGUACCGCAUACGGUGUGAAUUUUACGUCGAUCUGUGAUGAUUAUCGAUCAUUCGCGGCAAAUGACAAAUUAAAACAGUUUCCUCUGUGAACAUUCGACACAAUGCCCUUUUUGAAGCCACAUAAAAUCACGUGGAGUGAACGACGGAUAGAAACUUCAAAACGAAAUGGCUGGCGACACGCUGUAUAUUCGCCCGAGACAAAACGCAUUGCCAAAGCACACUACAAGGGUGAAUGGAGAAACGACAAGAGAGAGGGCAAGGGCCUAGGAGUUGACAGGUAUCAUGAAAAUUAUAUUCCCGAAUCGUUCCUUCGUAGCCACGGUUGGAUGUACGAAGGCGACUGGUAUAACGAUCUGAGACACGGCUACGGUAUUCUCAGUAAGAUUACGGAAGACGGCAAAGUGCGAAAGGUGUACGCCGGUGAUUGGGUGGAGGGACGGAAGCAUGGAUUCGGAAGUAAUUGGUACAAAGACGGUAGCUACUAUGAAGGUGCGUUUCGGGAAAACAAGCGGAAUGGCUACGGCCGGAUUUGGUACAGGUGCGGCAGUGGAUAUUACCAAGGCACAUGGUUGAAUGAUCGUUACCACGGAGAAGGAAUACUCGUUCAAGAAAACGGUAAUCUUUACGAGGGUCAGUUUACAAAUGGCAAGAAGGAAGGUCGGGGUGUCUUCUACCACUUGGACAGACAUCAAGUACAGGAGGGUCGUUGGGAGAACGACGUCUGCGUGAAUAGCACGAUAGAGGACGUCGACUGCCGGCAGCCAGCUUUACAUUCGACAUUACUCAUUCCUAUAAACGGCCGAAAAGCGAUACACUUAUAGCCGUCACGCUUACGUCUUUUCUCGAUCGGUCUGGACAAAUAUGGUUCACGUUUCUCACUGGCCUUUCCUGCAUUUUCGCAGCAAACGUAAAAAAUAUAAUGCGUGCACGUGUGACUUUUUUAUUUUUUGGCAAUCACUUAUCUCGCAGAAUGCGUUUCACACGCCAAACGGUAUACACAACACAAUACAAUCGGAUAGGUACACACCCCAGAUAACCAAGCGUGAUGUAGCAUUCUGAGCAAACGCAUUACAUGUGUUGAUAUAUAUACACACACACGCGUACAUAUAUAUACACAUAUAUAUGUAUAUGUGCUAUAUAUAUAUUUGCUAACAUCGAAAUAAAAUGAAUUAUGAAUUCAGCAACAUGACUACUUGUACGUACAAUUAGUUGAGGACAUUUUAUAAUAACAAAGAAAUGGUCAGCAAUACAUUUAUAUUGUUUACGAUAUAACAGCGACAUGACAGCAACGAGAAUGUUUGAUGACAAAUUGAUGCUGACACAUCGCUAUUAAUUAAUUGUUAAACAGAAUUUACAUGUUCAACCUAAUAGACAUAAUGUUGUCUCACCUCGUUCCGAGUUAAUCUAAAUUAGUUGCUGUAACCAUUGUUGGCAACGUGACUGCAACAUUAGGACAUUUGGUUAUCUGAGACGUUCCCGACUUCUAUCUGCGAUCGUUGAAAUGAUAUCUCGAGCGAUGUCCGAGUCGCCGCUCUUAACACUUCGUUCCUUAUUUAUAAAUUUUUACGGUAGUCGCGUACUUGAGAGUAAUGUACGUGCGCGUUGAAGAACAAUAAGAGAAGUUGCUGUCAUUGCGAGUUCCUAAAGUCUAUUUAAGAAAGAUGUCGACUUUUGUAUGUCGUUGAUGGCAAAUUUAUGUAGCAAAAUGCGUAUUGUAUAUACGUGUUGUCUGACAUGUCUAACAUACCGUCAAGACACUUAGGUUGAGUUCGGAGAGCACGCUUUUGGCGCUGUGAACGUGCUCUAUCUUUCUUCAACAUUCACUAAGCAACAAGGGUACAAUGAUACUUUUAGCGCUAAUAGCGUCUCCCCGAACCCAACCUUUUAGAAGUAUCAAAGUCGCGUUUCUCUUGGAUAAGCACGUUUUCAAAAGAUAAGUACAUAGCCAAUCGUAUUAUGUCUCAAUUAUUAAUUCGGACUGUUAUAUUAUUGCUUUUUGUUAAGAAGAUCUCUUAAUAUCUUUAUAGCAUUAUUCUUCCUACGUUUUUAAGUCGCAACGCAAAUGAAGGAAUGUGUAUUUUGUGUCUACAUAUACAAUAUAACAUUAUCGAACUUCAUUCUGCUUCCGUAUCGUACGGACGCGUGGAGUCUCGUCGCGCUUAUACUUAAUUUAUAUCACAGAGAAACACGCGUAUAAAAAAAAAAAAAAAAAAAAAA